AUGGUCCUUGAUUCGGAUUCCCCAAGUGAUCGGGGGAGUCAAUGCACCGACGAUAGGAAACUCCGACGCAUCAGAGACCCCCUGGUGCAAGCUGUGAUUGUAGAGUCUGUGGCAAAGAAGACGGAGACUCACGUGAAAGAGAUCAAGCGGAAAAUGCUGUCCAAGGCGGAGUUUGCCCUCAGUGCUGCUGUGCUUCUCAAGGGCCACGAAAUGCAACGGCUCGCUCAACUCAGGAAGCAAUUCGAAAUUCCUUACCAAGUGGGAAAGGAGCAAGAACAAACUAUCAAUGUUGUGACCCCUUUUCAGAAGUCUCUGCUACUGGGGAUUGGGAGCGGAACAACAGUCAUCUAUGUUGUAGACCAUCUGGCCAAGAAAGUUCGAGAGCAUGGCCUUUCUGUGAAAUGUAUCCCUACAUCUCACCAGUCACAGCAAUUGAUACUCCAACAUGACCUCCCUCUAUCUACUUUGGAUCAAUACCCACAACUUGACUUGUUAAUAGAUGGUGCUGAUGAGUGCAAUGAAGAUCUGACUUGUAUCAAGGGAGGAGGAGGAUGCCUAACACAAGAGAAGAUUGUUGCUUAUAAUUCUGAUACAUUUGUGAUAGUGGCAGAUCAGAGGCAAAGAGCUUUCAUUGCCUGCAGCAAGCAGUCACAGUACCUGGGACAGCAGUGGAAGGGUGGCAUUCCAAUUGAAGUCAUUCCCAUGGCACAUGUACCCAUCGCAAGACGGGUAGAAGAAACCUUUGGUGGGAAAGUGGAACUUCGCAUGGCAGUGAAAAAAAUGGGUCCAAUCCUCACAGACAAUGGGAAUUUUAUCUUGGAUUGGCAUUUUCCAGAGAACACCAAUACAAAAAAGUGGGAAGAUGUUAACACAUUCCUGAAAAUGAUACCAGGUGUUGUUGAGACAGGCUUGUUUGUUGGUUUGGCCAAGAGGGCAUACUUCGGGGAUUCUGAGUUUGGGGAGGUUAAGCAGCUCCAUGCCAAAAAGUGAAGACCAUUGAUGUCUUCUUGGUAGCCAAGCUCUUUCUCGAAGUAGAUGAGAUCUCAUGAUGAUGCUGUCACACUUCAGACCUUGGUGAAUCUUCCAAGUAGAUAUUUUUUUUUUAAUCAGGUGCUUGUUCUUUUUUCAUAAAACAUGUUUAUUCAUGGAAAGCUUUGGAAAAAAAAGUGCUGAUGAAAGAUUAUGUUGUAAGUGCAAUAUUUCAUGUCAGAGUUUCCUUUUUUCUUCCUGUUCUGGUGAUAACAUUGGCAAUGAAAAAUAUAUUUCGACCCC